AAUAUUUUUAUAUACUUUAUAUGACAUUGUUAGGUAUUCAUGUUUUGUGGUUUUAUAAUGAGAAUAUAAUCAUAUUUUUAUUGGUGGUACCAUUGGGGAACUACAGUAUAGUUCAUUUGAUUAGGGUUUCAGAUUAAGCCCUAUCAGUGCAGCUGUAGGUGGUCUAUUUCUGAAAAUUCAAAGUAACUGUUUAUUGUACAUUUUAUAGCUGUUUUUUUCCUGCCUGUCUUUCAGCUGAUGAAGCCAACAGAGAGACAGGACCCUCUGGUGAGGAUUCCAUGACAGAGUCAGACUCCGGCUCAGAAUCUACCUCUGAUUCUCUGACUACUUCAGACUUUGAAUCAAGCCUGGAAUCUGACUCUAGCUCAGAUGAAAAAAAGCAUAGGAAGUGGAAGCAUAUGAAAAGGGACAGGGAUAAGAAGAACAAGAAAAAAGAAAAGGCAAAGAGGAAGAAAAAAGACAAGAAGAAGACAAAGGAGAAAAAAACCUUCUCAAAAGAAAAGGUGAGCAGCAUAAAAGAAGUUGUCCGGAGAUACAGAAAGGUUCUUCGCUGCAUCCAGAAGGGAAUGAAAAUGGCUCAUGCAUUCAAAAAGGUUGCAGUAUCGAGGAAUGCUGUGAAGGGGAUGGCAGCCAUUGCAGAGUUGUAUCUUACUGAAAGACCACUUCUCAGUGGUUUUAAAGGACAAUACAAGACUCUCAGAGGCCUGGCCCACCUUUGUGCCACCAAAAUUCAAGGAGAUGAUGCUCUUGCUGCAAAGGUGGUCACAAUGAAAAGAGAGAAAAAACUGAUCCCUUUCAAUGUUGAUAAAGAAUACUGAAGAAGUGGUGUAAGGUAUGGUCUGCAUGUAAGGCCACAUGGUAUAAAAAUGACUAGUAAUGUAAUU